AUGUCUAAAACAGUUUCUGAAUAUUAUACACCACCAAAGGAUAUAGGUAAUGAAUGGAAUGCUGAGUUACGUUUUCGCAAUUAUAUACAAAAAAAAUAUGCUGUUGAUUUUAAAGAUGAUUAUGAAAGUUUUUGGCAAUGGACUGUUGAUAAUUAUGGUGAAUUUUGGUUAUCAGUAGCUGAAUUUUGUAAAGUUGACUUAGGUAAACAAAAUUUUUGCAAAGAAGAUAUUGUUGAAGAAAAUGUAAAGAUUAACGAAAUUCCUAAAUGGUUUAAAGGUAGCAUGCUUAAUUAUACAGAGAAUGUAUUAAAAGAUUGUGAUGAUAAUAAAAUUGCAUUCAUUGAAACAUUUGACGGUGAAUCAUUUGAAUAUUUUAGUUAUGGACAACUUAAAAAGGACAUUAAAAUAUUAGCAUUAGCUAUGAAAAGUAUUGGUUUAAAAUGUGGUGAUGCUGUUGCUACUUAUAUGCCAAAUAGUUAUCGUACAGCUUCUAUAAUGUUAGCAGCAGUUUCAUUAGGAUGUACAUUUGCUUCAUGUUCUACUGAAUUUGGUGAAAAAGCUGUUGUUGAUAGAUUAUCUCAAGUUAAGCCUAAAUUAAUUUUUGGUCAAGAAAAAGUUAUUUUCAAGCAAAAAUUACAUGAUAAUGCAUUUAAUUAUGAAAAAAUUUGUGGACAAUUAACAAAAUAUCUUCUAAAAGCAGUCAUUGUUCCAUUAAAAAAUAACUCUACUGAUUGUACUUUAAAAGGAGGUAUUUUUAUUCCUUUUGAUAAAUUUAUUGAUGAACAUAAAAAUUGUAAUAUGGAUGAAGAAUUUGUUUAUAAAAAAGUGCCAUUUGAUCAUCCAAUGUAUACAAUGUUUUCUAGUGGUACAACAGGACUUCCAAAGGCAAUGGUACAUACAGUUGGUGGAACAUUAUUAAAACAUGUUGAGGAACAUAUUAUUCAAACGGAUAUGAAUGACAAAGAUGUUAUAAUGUUUUAUACAACAUGUGGAUGGAUGAUGUGGAAUUGGCUUAUGUCAGCAUUGUAUACUAAAGCAACAAUUGUUGUUUUUGAUGAAAGUCCAAUAUAUCCUGAUAAAGAGAUUUUAAUAAAAAUUUUAGCUCGAACAAAGGCAACAAUUUUUGGUUGUGGUGCAAAAAUGUAUGAUACCUAUAAUUCAAUGGGUAUAAAAUUUAAUGAUAAAUAUGAUUUAUCUAAUUUACGUCUUGUUUUAUCAACUGGUUCACCAUUAAAAUCAUCUUCAUUUGAAUUUAUUAAUACAUCAUUAAAGAAAAAUGUUGUUAUUGGAAGUAUUUGUGGUGGAACAGAUAUUAUUGGAUGUUUUAUGGGUGCUACGCUUAAUCGUCCUGUUAUUCCAGGUGAAUGUCAACAUUUCUAUUUAGGCAUGAAUUGCCAAACAUGGAAUCAUAAAGGAGAACCAGUAAAAGAUGAACAAGGAGAAUUAGUAUGUAUAACACCAUUUGUUAGUCAACCAUCACAUUUUCUUAAUGAUGAAGAUGGAACAAAAUACUAUAAAAGUUAUUUUGAAAAAAAUCCAGGAGUAUGGACACAUGGUGAUUAUUGUGAAAUAAAUUCAAAAACUAAUGGUGUUAUUGUUUAUGGUAGAAGUGAUGCUACUUUAAAUCGUUUUGGUGUCCGUAUUGGAACAGCUGAAAUUUAUAAUGUUGUAGAAAGUUUUGAUACAGUUAUUGAUUCACUUGUUGUUGGAAUUCGUGAUCAUAAAGACGAAGAUAAUGAAAUAAUUAUUCUUUUCUUGAAACUUGUCGAUAAUACAGUAUUUGAUCAAGUUGUUGCUAAGAUAAAGUAUGAUUUACGUGUUAAUAUGUCACCAAGACAUGUCCCAAAUGUCUUUAAAGCAAUUAAUGAUAUUCCAUAUACACAUUCAGGAAAGAAAAUGGAAUUGAUUGUUAAACAAAUAUUAAAUGGUGAAGUUAUUAAAAAUAUAGGUGCAGUUAGAAAUCCAGGAUGUCUAUCCGAGUAUAAAAUGUUGUUUGAGAAACAAAACAUAUAG